AUGGCUAAGAAUGAGGGAGAUAAUCAGCAGACACCUUCCGACACCACUCCUAAUCCGAUCACUAAUGCUAGCCACCAACAAGAUCUUCCGGCGAAUCAACAAUCCUUAGCCGUGCCAAACCAACAUCAACCUGCCACCGAUAAGUCUAUUUCGUCGCCAAGAUCCACAACACAUCCAGCUUUUGUGGCUGCUAAACCCCGCUAUAGGCCCCGGGUGAUCGUGACCAGGAAGAACUCAGACCAUGCAGCCAAGAAAAACAAUCGCCCACAAAAAACCAGAAUGGCGCCAAUCGACAAAGAGGCAACAAGUUUUCGUCGUUGGCGAACCUUGAUGAUCAAGCCACUGUUAGCGCUCAGGCUCCUCCUCCACCGGUUCCAGAUGCUUCUGAGUUUGGAAACAUGCCAGUGGGGUAGUGAUGUAAUCAAUAAUUUCAGUCUGCAAAAAUUUAGUGAUGCAGUUUCUAUGUGCGGGCUCUUCGACCCGGGGGUGUCGGGAAACAAAUUCACCUGGUGCCGUUAUGUGGGGAAUAGAGUCACUCAGCUUCGUCUCCUGGAUAGGGUUCUCUGGAAUAUGACUGCCCAAUUAUCCUUCCCAGAGGCAAAAGUUGUGACCCUCCCGAGGUUGCAUUCGGAUCACAAUCCCUUAAUGUUUAAAGACUCGGCGGGGGAUCCGCCAAAUCGGGAACUCUGCCCUUUCCGGUUUGAAGCGGCUUGGCUAUCCAGAAAUGACUAUGAAUUGAUUUGGAAGGCUGCUAGUAUGUUGGAGGACCGUAACAUUGAUGCCAUCAUCUCAGACCUGAUCACGCAGAGCAAACAGUGGAAUAAGGAUGUUUUUGGAAAUAUUUUCAAGAACAAAAGACAGAUGGAGGCGAGAAUUUGGGGCAUUCAACAACAUCCUAAAUUUAUGAUCUCCGGGAAUUUACAGGCGCUAAAUAAAAAGCUCACUACUGAGUUCAGUCUUCUCCUGGACCAGGAAGAGACUUUUUGGCACAAAAAGUCUAGAAUGGACUGGACUAGGGAUGGAGACAGAAACACCCGUUUCUACCACAAUUCAGCGAUGAUUCGAAGAAAUAAAAACAGGAUUAGGUUCCUCAAGAUUCAAGGCAAUUGGUCAAAUGAUCCUCUUCUUUUGGCUGACCACAUUACCUCUUUCUUCUCCAAUCUCUUUGAAGAAGUAGCUACGGACAGCAGGGUCACGAUGGUUCCGGUCACAGGUACCCAAAAAAUCUCCCCAAUCGAAGCAAGAUCCUUAUUAAAAGUUGCUUCUAGUGAAGAAGUUAGAAAAGCUGUCUUUGGUAUGAAGAAGUUUGGAAGUCCCGGCCCAGAUGGUAUUCCGACGGCCUUCUAUCAAAAGUUUUGGGAGCAUAUUGGGUCACCAGUUACUAUCAUGGCUUUCAUCACGCUCAUACCCAAGAAGGAGGUUCCGGAAACCGCUGCAGACUUUCGCCCCAUUACUCUCCUAAAUGUGGCUUUCAAGAUCAUCUCCAAAGUCCUUGUCAAUAGGCCGAGGCCAAUUAUGUGCCGUAUUAUUGGUCCAUAUCAAAACAGCUUCCUCCCGGGCCGCUCCACUAUGGAUAACAUCAUUCUUACACAGGAAGUGAUUCAUACGAUGAACAUGAAGAAAGGUCGUAAGGGCUUGAUGGUGGUUAAAAUAGAUCGCCAUAAAGCCUACGACAGUGUUAGCUGGUCUUUCUUGAAGGACACCCUAAUUGAGUUUGGGUUCCCUACUAGCCUGGUGCAGCUCAUCCUUUUCUCGCUGGAGAAUAGUGACAUUUCCAUCUUAUGGAAUGGGGGACGUCUCCCUUCGUUCGCCCCGGGUCGUGGCCUCUGGCAAGGCGAUCCUUUGGCUCCCUAUCUUUUCAAUCUUGUCAAGGAGAGGCUGGCGUUUGACAUUCAACAAGCGGUUAACUCUGGACAAUGGAAACCCGUCAAUGUCUCUCGAGGUGGUAUCGGUAUUUCUCAUCUCUUUUUUGCAGAUGAUCUGAUGCUCUUCGGUGAAGCCACGGAGUGUCAAGCCAAGAUUAUGAUGGAGUGUCUCAACAAUCUUUCGGCAACCUCCGGUCUUAAGGUAAAUCAGUCUAAAUCCCAGAUCUUCUGUUCUAAUAAUACCAAUGCAGAGUUGAAGAGAAAAAUUGGCGAGAAAAUGGGGAUUCCUAUAUAUCUAAACUUAGGGACCUACCUCGGGAUUCCCUUACUUCACAAGCGUGUUUCCCAUAACACUUUCUUUAGUGUCAUUGAUAAAAUGAGGAAGAAGUUGGCUACCUGGAAAGCCAGUGCCCUUAGCAUGGCUGGCCGAAGGGUCUUAGUCCAGACGUCCCUUGCUACGACCCCAACCUAUGCGAUGCAAUACAUGCGACUGCCGGUAAGUACUUGCAAUUCCAUAGAUAAAAUUUGCAGGAACUUCUUGUGGGGUCAUUCGAAAGACACUAGGAAAAUUCACACAGUCAGCUCGGACAACGUUUGCAUGCCUCGGGAAUGUGGUGGUCUUGGACUUCGUCAAGCCAAAAAUUGCAAUAUGGCUUUCCUUUCCAAAAUGGCUUGGCAAGUAACAACCAAUCAGAAUAAACUGUGGGUCAAAGUCCUUAAAGAAAAAUACGUUAAAGAUUCCAGCUUCCUUAACGCUACAGCAACCACAAACUCCUCUUGGCCGUGGAAAAGCAUCAUUAAGGGCGCCAAGUCUCUUCGAAGUGGUAUCAGGUGGAAGGUGGGGAAUGGCAACUCUCUUAACUUCUGGCAUGAUCACUGGAUGGGCUCGGGACCAAUCAGCUCCUUACCUAACGUUACUAUCCCUCUGGACGCCCAUGCGACAACUGUAGGGUGCAUGAUCACGAGAGAGAAUACCUGGGAUAUUAACGCUAUCCAAACGUUACUGUCGGCAGGAAUCGUCGAGGCCAUUCGAGCAGUCCCGCUUAGUUACGCCGCAACGCAGGACGAUGCCAUAACUUGGCCUCACUCAGGUACGGGUUCCUUUACUGUUAAUUCGGCUCAUGCUUUGAUUGCAGGUUACCAUGACGAACCCACCAACCUUGGGUGGGUGUGGACCCUAAAGUGUAAGGAGAAGAUCAAGAUGUUCCUGUGGAAAAUGAUGAACAAUGGGCUCCUAAUCAACGAGGAAAGACAGAGACGCGGUCUGGCAAUAGAUGGCAAUUGUCCGAGGUGUGUUGAUGUCAGCGAAUCCUUGGACCACGUUUUCCGUCGCUGUGACAAAGCGGUGGAUUGCUGGAACAUUGCUGGAGCACCAGCCUCCUUCGAUCCAUCAGCCAUCACACCUCUGCAGACUUGGGUGCGGCUUAAUUGUGUUGGGCAGGAGGGAAACACGUUAGGCAUACCCUGGAACGGUCUCUUCCCACACGUCCUCUGGAACCUAGCCUUUAGAUCGCCAGAAAUGAGUUUAUCUUCAACACCAAAGAUGUCGGGGCAACAGAUAUUAUCAGACGGGCAAAAGCUGGAGCCGAGGAAGCCAGGAGGUACCUUUUCAGACUUGCGGAUAUGGGAGGGGGCACGCACAAAUGGAUUCACUAGACACCUCCUUCGCAAGACUGGCUUAAAAUUAACACGGAUGGAGCUCAUUCGAGAUUGGCAUGGUAGAUGGAUCACUGGGUUCUCUACUAAAAUAGGCCCGACCAACAGCUUUAUUGCUGAACUCUGGGCAAUGCGCGAGGGGCUACGCCUUGCAAAAAGCAGAGGUUUCAAUAAGAUCGUGGCAGAAUCUGAUUCGGAAGCGCUAGUGCAAGCCAUCCUUAACUGCUCGGGGUCUAGUCCGGAAGCCGAUACCUUAAUCCUUGGCUGUAAGAACCUGAUGACGAGCUUCCAAGCUUGCCAGCUCAUCCAUGUCCUACGAGAAGGAAACCAAUGCGCAGAUUUUCUGGCCAACCUGGGCCAGAACACUACUUGGGGGACUACGGUUUGGCCGCAACCACCGGAUGGCUUAAACAAUCUCCUGCUCGUGAUAGCCAUUCUGUGGCCACUAGAAGGAUCUCUUAAAUUUCUGGAGCAUUAG